CAAAAUGAAAAACCCUAAGCCAUAACCCCCCUUCUCUUCCUCUCUGCACGAAGACGAAGCAGAAGAAGAGUUCUUUGUAUCUUUUGCUUUGACAGGCUCUUGAGAAAAUGGCUACGGCAGGCCCAGAUUACGAGCCGCUGCGAGAGCUAUUUCAGCACCAUAUCGACUCCUUCGAUCACUUGGUGGAGUUUGGGUUGGAGACUCUGCUCAUGAGCGUGAAACCUGUUGAAGUCGUUGAUUCAUUCACCAAACAGAAGCUUCGAAUUUGGUUUGGGCAACCGGAGUUAUACCCACCUCAAAAGGAGCGUUCUGCCCGGACAAUGCGCGAUGCAUUAUAUCCUUUCGAGUGUAGGCAAGCAAAAAUUUCAUAUUCGGGGAAGCUUUUGGCUGAUGUUUGCUUUCAAUAUGGGAAUGGAGUUGUCAUUAGAGAAAAAUUUAAUCUUGGGCAGUUUCCUAUAAUGUUAAAGUCUAAACUAUGUCACUUGAGAGGUGCCGAUCCCCAAAAGUUAGUUUCUUGCAAAGAAGAGUCAUCAGAAAUGGGCGGUUACUUCAUUUUGAAUGGGCUUGAGAGAGUUGUUCGACUUCUGAUCUUGCCAAAGCGAAACUAUCCAAUGAGCAUGGUGCGGAAUUCAUUUCGUGAUCGCCGAGAGGGAUAUACUGAUAAAGCAGUUGUCAUAAGGUGUGUAAGAGAAGAUCAAUCUGCAGUAACAGUCAAAUUGUAUUACCUUCGUAAUGGAAGUGCAAGACUUGGAUUUUGGAUACAAGGGAGGGAAUACUUGCUUCCUGUGGGUGUUGUUCUAAAGGCUCUGAUUGACACUACUGAUCAUGAAAUUUAUGAGAGUUUGACAUGUUGCUACAGUGAGAAAUAUGAAGGGGGAAAGGGUGCUGUUGGCACUCAGCUUGUGGGUGAAAGGGUGAAAAUUAUCCUUGAUGAAGUUCGGGAUUUGUCUCUUUUUACACGCCAUCAAUGUCUCCAGCAUAUUGGAGAGCAUUUCCAACUGGUGAUGGAUGGACUGGAAAAUGAAAGUUAUUCCAUUGUUGCAGAUGCAGUUCUUAGAGAAUACAUAUUUGUUCACCUUGAUAACAAUUAUGACAAAUUCAAUCUGCUCAUCUUCAUGGUGCAGAAGCUUUUCUCACUUAUAGAUCAGACUUCUGUGCCAGACAACCCUGAUGUAUUGCAGAAUCAGGAAGUAUUACUGCCUGGUCACUUGAUCACUAUUUAUCUCAAGGAAAAACUACAAGAGUGGCUGUACAAGGCAAGACGACUUCUUCAAGAUGAGAUCAACAAAAGCAAAAAUUUCGAAUUCAGCAGCUUGGCCCAUGUUAAGAAGGUCAUGGAUAAAAAUCCUUCAAGACAAAUCAGCUUAGCUGUUGAGAAUAUGUUGAAGACUGGAAGACUCGUCACACAAUCUGGUUUAGAUCUACAACAGCGUGCAGGCAUGACUGUUCAGGCAGAAAGGCUUAAUUUUCUUCGUUUUCUUUCUCAUUUUCGAGCUGUUCAUCGUGGGGCUUCAUUUGCUGGACUUCGCACCACGAGUGUGCGAAAAUUGCUACCUGAAGCUUGGGGUUUUCUUUGCCCUGUUCACACACCUGAUGGGGAGCCUUGUGGAUUGCUGAACCAUAUGGCUUCUACUUGUCGAAUCACAUCAUAUUUUGAUUCCCGGGGAAACACUAGAGAUUUUUUCAAAAUAAGGAUGUCUAUUCUCAGUGUUCUGAUUGGAAUUGGAAUGACACCUGCACUACCAAAGCUUGUUCAAGCUGGUCCUCCUGAAGUUCUUUCUGUUAUUUUAGAUGGUCGUGUUGUAGGCUCCAUACCUUCUAGUGAAGUUGAAACAGCUGUCAAUCAUCUAAGGAGAUUAAAAGUGUCUGCGAUUUCAGUGAUUCCUGAUGAUCUGGAGGUGGGAUACAUUCCUUUGAGCAUGGGUGGUGCUUAUCCUGGUUUGUACCUGUUCACAUCUCCUUCUAGAUUUGUUCGACCAGUUAGAAAUAUUUCUAUUCCUUCUGAGGAAGGUCAUGAUAUUGAACUCAUUGGGCCUUUUGAACAGGUUUAUAUGGAAAUAAGAUGUCCUGAUGGUAGCGAUGGAGGAAGGAGGAAUAUUUUUCCUGCAACUCAUGAAGAGAUCCAUCCCACUGGAAUGCUCAGUGUUGUUGCUAGUCUUACACCUUGGUCGGAUCACAACCAGAGCCCGCGUAAUAUGUACCAGUGUCAGAUGGGAAAACAAACAAUGGCUUUCUCUUCACAAGCAAUUAACUGUCGGGCAGAUCAAAAGCUAUACCAUCUUCAGACUCCUCAAACUCCCAUUGUUCGUACAAGUGCAUAUGUGAAGUACAGCAUGGACGAAUUUCCAACAGGGACAAAUGCAAUUGUUGCUGUUCUAGCAUAUUCAGGAUACGAUAUGGAGGAUGCUAUGAUUUUGAAUAAGUCAUCUGUGGAUAGAGGGUUGUGUCAUGGACAAAUAUACCAGACAGAAACUAUCGACUUAUCUGAUGAAAACAACAAAUCAGAUCGUGGCCAAAGAAUGUUUAGAAGAAGUAAUGUUGAUAAGUCAGCAAAUUCCUUGAUUGAUUCAGAUGGACUUCCAUAUGUUGGUCAGAUGAUAAAUCCAAACGAACCAUAUUGUAGUAUCUAUAAUGAAGUAACAAGCUCAACAAGGGCUACCAAAUUAAAGGGUUCAGAGCCUGUUAUUGUUGACUAUGUUGCUCUUGAUGUGAAAAAUAAAAAGCAUCCUCAAAAGGUGAAUAUUCGUUUUCGGCGUCCUAGAAAUCCUAUUAUUGGUGAUAAAUUUAGUAGCAGACAUGGGCAAAAAGGUGUUUGCUCGCAGUUGUGGCCAGAUAUCGAUAUGCCAUUUUCAGGAGUUACUGGAAUGCGCCCAGACCUUAUUAUUAAUCCCCAUGCAUUUCCUUCAAGAAUGACAAUUGCAAUGCUUUUGGAAUCUGUUGCUGCUAAGGGAGGUAGCUUACAUGGAAAAUUUGUGGAUGCAACGCCAUUUUCUGACUCAUUAAGGAAAGCUAAUGGAGAAGCAGGAUCUGAAUCAAGUUCACUUGUUGAUGAACUGGGUUCCAUGUUAACCUCUUAUGGGUUUAAUUACCACGGUGUAGAGGUAUUGUACAGUGGAGUUUAUGGUACUGAACUCACAUGUGAGAUUUUUAUUGGACCUGUUUAUUAUCAGCGACUCCGGCACAUGGUCUCAGACAAAUUUCAGGUUCGCUCCACAGGAACGGUAGACCAGGUUACUCGACAACCUAUUAAAGGAAGAAAGCGUGGUGGGGGUAUCCGUUUUGGAGAAAUGGAACGAGACUCCAUGCUUGCACAUGGGGCUGCAUAUUUAUUACAUGACAGGCUUCAUACAUGCUCUGAUCACCACAUCGCUGAUGUGUGUUCCCUAUGUGGAAGCAUCCUCACAACAUCAAUCAUCCAGCCACAAAAGCGAGCAGUGAGAGAGAUCGGAGGACUACCUCCUGGGAGGGCUCCCAAAAAGGUCACUUGCCACGCCUGCCAGACAAGUAAAGGAAUGGAGACAGUCUCAAUGCCCUACAUUUUUAGAUUUUUGGCUGCAGAAUUAGCUGCUAUGAACAUAAAAAUGACCCUUCAGCUAAGCAAUGGAGCAGGGGCCUGAUAUCAACUGCAGUCAAACCGCACCAACUGGUGGGUUGGAAAAUUUUGGUAAAUCCUUGUUCAGCCCAGAACACUAAAACUGAGAGAAAUAGUAAAGGCAUGAUGGACUGAGGUCUCAUAUUGCAACAAACACCAGGUAAAAUUAUUUCUGAAAGAAAAACUAGUAGAACAAAAGAGGAGACGAAGAUGAAGAUGAAGAUGUUGUAUCUGUAUUUGUUAACCCGGCAGUUGGGUUCUUUUUGGUCAGGAUAUUGGUUUAGUGUAAAAUUGUAACCGGGUAUUAUGGUGGGAUUUGUUUUGUAAUGUAAAAAUUUUGUUAUAAGAUAUGUUUUGGUUGGCAUGCAUC